AUGGCGACGCCGACCAUCUCGGACGACGGGUGCUUCUCGGUCGGCAGCAGCAGCGUGCCGAUGAUGAACUUUUGGUCGCCCCGCUCGUCGGCCUCGAGCGGCAUUGACUACGUGGACGACGAGCCAGCUUCGAGUCCGACCGAUUCGACGUACGAAGACGACGACGACGAGGCGCCACGGACCGACGGCGUACUGCACCAUGGCUGGCUCUUCAAGCGCGGCCAAGGCGGCUUCUUCCACCGCGCGUCAUGGAAGGCGCGGUUCUGCGUCGUCACGAGCGCGAGCUUGCGCUACUACUCGCGCGAGAACGAAGCCAAGAAGGGCGAGCUCGACUUGACGGGCUGUACGCACAAGAGCAUCGAGGUGCUGCCGCGAAAAGCGCUACGCAGUUCGCACCCGACGCUAUGGCGCUUUGCCGUGCUCACGCCCAAGCGGCGCAUGGUCUUCUCUGCGUCCAGUGAGACGGAAAUGAACGACUGGAUCCGCUCGAUUCACAUGGCCAUGGCGCUGCAGAAGAACAACCUCCGGGUCGUCCAGCAAGUGCAGUUGGCCGACCGCCGCACCGCGCCGCUCAUGUACUACUCGCAGCGGGACGGCUUGCGCCCGACCUGCGCGAGCGCGAGGGGCUACAGCAGCAUGGGCCGGCCGCCCCGGCGAGACCCCGAGGUCGAGUUCUGA